CUUACGCAGCGUAUUUUGCACUCCAUAUAAUCCCCUCCCUGCGAAAAUGGGAAGGGAAAGAAAUAUUCCGUACUCCGUACAGAUUACAUGCACUCCCAAUGAUCUGAACUCAAAGCUCACUCGCCCGCUCCCGUUUUCUUCCUUUUCAGCUCAUAAAAAUACCAUACGUAACCUCUCGUAUCCGGCUUCCGCUUCCCCACUUCCAACGAUGAUGAAGUGGCACAGCGGGAUGGACGCGAUCCAUGGUUUUGGUGGAGACACCACCAGCCACCCACUUAUUAUUCUUUCGACAAGAUGUUUCGUGGCAUGUCCGUGCUCAACUCCGUCCCCGAAUCAUCCAGGGAGAAAGAGAGAGCGCAGUGGGCAAAUAAAAUGGGUAGUCGACUUUGUUAGGCUGUACGGAGUAAUCAAUGAGCGUCAGAAUAACGAUGAAAGCCAAACCUGAAAGGGAAAACUGACUCGUUAACGGAACCGGGUUUGAAUGUAGUGCAAAAAGGGGUUGCUUAUUCCCUUCCCUCUGGGAUUGCUUUUUCGAUCUUCCCCUAAAAGAUGGAAAGCGUUUUUGGAAGAGAGAAUUAUCCGCGUGCAACGGACGAGAGAUUUGGGAGAAACUUGGAGCGAGAAUCCGCCGAUCAAUGCAUGAAGCUAGGGGAUACGAUACGCCCGUAAUCGAUCAUCCGAGCAUCCCUAGCCGGCACUUAUAGGAGCUACGCCGUGCCCUGGUUUAUUUCGUCUUUUGCGGGAGGCUUUUUUCUGCAGGCAAUUUAUUUAGCUAGAUCAACAGAUCUGUUUCAAGAUUUCGGGAAGUUCUCAUCGGCGAAGUAGAGCAUAAGUUCUAGUAGUUGGUCUUGUCUGGAUCUCGUUAAGCCAGAAUUGGAAUUUCGAAGCAGGAUCAGAAGAUCACAUCUCUUUCUCAUCUCUUUCUCUAUGGUCCUGGGCGGGCGGCUGAGUUUGGUGGUAGCCAGCUUCGAUCUCAUCAUAUCCUCAGCUUGCUACGGAGUACAUAGACCUGUAAUCAUGAGAACUCAGCUCCUGAAUCGUCACUGGUUAAUACUGGCUUCCAUCCUCAUCGAUUAAUUGUCCCCAGCCAGCCACGACCAUUUUCGCCUUGCUAAGAUGGUUGGGCAGGUGGUGGCCGAAUUCCUCACGGAAUAUUUUU